AUGGCGACUUUAACGUUAACCAAUCGAAAGCCCCAGCUUUUUACAUGCCUCGCUUGUCAAAUAGCCUUUUAUUCCGCCGAGUUACAAAGAGAUCAUUAUGCGACGGAUUGGCAUAGAUAUAAUCUUAAACGCAAAGUUGCCGAACUGCCUCCUAUCACAUCAGAGGUUUUCGCUCAAAAGCUAAUUGAUCAGCAAGCCCAGAGCCAAUCUGACGCAGAAAAAGCUAGUUUUAGGGCUGAAUGCUAUGUUUGCAGUAAAACUUACUAUUCUGAAAACGCUUAUGCAAAUCACCUCCAAUCCAACAAGCAUAAAUUAGCAGAGGCAAAAGGCAUUAAUCAAGUAAAGAAAUAUACUCUCAAUAAUAAUCGGUCUGAAACGGCCUCGUCAAAGCCCGCACCGAGGGCUUCUGAAAAUAAAUCAUCCGAUGAAAUAGCAGAAAUAUCUGCGGAUAUGGAAGAAAUGUCCGUAAUUGACAAAAAAAUUGCCAAUGCAGUUAAACUCGAAGAGGAGGAUUGUCUUUUCUGUGCUGAGAAAUCUGCUUCAUUUGAUGAGAAUAUGGAGCAUAUGACGAAAGUCCACAGUUUGUUUAUUCCUGAAAUCGAAUACCUGACCGAUUUACGUGGUUUAAUAAAAUACCUUGGAGAGAAGAUUACGGUUGGCAAUAUUUGUCUGUAUUGUAACGGACGAGGAAAGAGUUGGAAAAGUCUGGAAGCUGUAAGAAAACAUAUGCUGGAUAAGGGACAUUGUUCCAUUGCUUAUGAUAGGGAUGAAGAUAUAAUGGAGAUUUCAGAUUAUUACGAUUUUACUUCAAGCUAUUCUGAUGACCACUCGAAAGUCUACGUUGAUAACUCUGAACUUGUCCUCCCAUCAGGGGCUCGCAUUGGUCAUCGUUCUCUGCGGCUUUAUUACAAACAAAACUUACGUCCUCGAGAGGAACGCGAUUCUGUGAUAAUAAACCGAUUGCUUACGCAUUACACCGACAACUUUGGUUAUCAACAUAAUUCCGGCGGUAUAAUGAUUGUUCGUGACGAAACCACCCGCAUGUCGAGAGUUGAACGCUUUGCUGACCAGAAAUCGAGAGCUGAAUUCACAGCGCGCAUAGGAAUAAAGGGCAAUAGGCUGCAGAAACACUAUAGACCUCAAAUUUUGUAG